GACUCAUCAAUGGGAGUAAAUCGAUUUGUUUACACCAACUGCCGUAACUGAAAAGAAAAUGGUCGUUGGUUGUUGAUGGAGAACAAACAAGCAUCACAGAUGAUACGGUUUCUGACAAGGAAAUCGAUAAAGGCCCAGAGGACCUAGACGUUCCAGAAUCCCGUAAAAGAUGAGCGAAUAUUAAGAAUCAAUGCCGACGACGACAGAUCUGGCACAAAUAUCGUUCAUCAUAAGCCUUAUGCUGAUUAAUACCCACAAAAUCAAUACGUUAGCCAUCGGGAAAUGGCCUGUUGGACACACAGAGACUGCUCCUUCACGAACAUACGAUCCACGCUCUCCACAUGAUGUCGAACGUUGGUCAAAAGGAAGAGUAACUGGGUGUUCUUUUAAAGUAUGCUUUUAGGGUUUUCUGCGUCUGUCGCUUUCGGCUUGUAUCAGUGAUCCAAAGGAGGAUACUUAUGUGAAUUUCACAGAAAGCAGUUUGGGGCAAAUUGAUUAGACUUCAAGUGAUCUUUUGACUGUACGGGGUGCUACAAAUUACAUAGCCAGAAAAAGUUACGGGAAGAGACACGAACAGGGACACCUCGCGUAGACAGGAUAGAGGUAAUGCUCGAAACGCCCGUCCUUCUAAAGCUGAGAAGAGAAACAUGAACAACGAGGAACGUGAUUCCAAUGUAAAGGACGAACGUUACACGUCAGGCCAAAGAGGGUCAAACUCCCCACGAUACGGAUCCAGUAAGGAGCCUACGAAACAGGGGAGGCAAUCCGAAAAGUAUGAUAACAACAAACCACGCGUAAAUGACGAAAAUGACGAUUGGUCAGACAGGGACCCGUCACCUACGAGUAAUGAGAGAGAUGCUAAACGGGCAAAGGACAAGAGUAGGAACAAUCGAGGACGGUGGAAGGAAGCUGGUGAUGACCAACUGCGGAAGGACAGAAGGAAGGCUCGCCAAGACCGGAUGGUCAAGGUCAUGGAGCUGUUUGAGGACAGCCUCAUCAUAGACAAAGUGGCGCUGAAGGACAGACAAAGUCAUAUUGACAGUGUGGUAGAACGUUUGGAGGAACUGAAGAGAGCCUAUGCACAGAAGCUGAAGGAGGAGGUAACAGCCCAUUGGGCCAGGGUCACAGAAGAAGGCAGAGCUAGCAGGGCGGGCAGAGAGAGCAGAGAAGAGUCGGCCAAAGAAAGACAGGCCAAAGAAAGACCGGCCAAAGAAAGACAGGCCAGAGUCUCCCAGAAUGACCCAGCAGACAACAAGCGUGAACAAAGGGACCACAGAACUACUGAUCCUCCCCGGACACGGCCGAGAGCAGCCAACAGUGGUCAGAUGUUUAAGAGAGACAAGAGUCGGAUCAUGAGCGGGGAGAUGACCCAGAGAGGCAAAAGGGAGGCUUCCCCAGAAGACUACAGGGAAAAGGAUGAUGCGAGGGACAGCCCCAAACAUAAGCCACACCCUCGUGCUGUGAAUAGUGGUGAUCAUCACACCAGAGGCAAAAAUCGGGUUGACAGUGGUGAUGCGGCUUAUAGAUCCUAGUAGCGUGAGCAUAUCCUGUUUAUUUUGACACUAUGUUGUGCUGAGCAGGAAUACUGGGUUUGGCAAUCGACGGUCAACAGUGAACAAGUCAACAGUCAUGUUAGGUUCAUGAUUUCCAUCAGGUUGUGUUGAAGGGUGUGAUGAGUCACACUGCCAUUGGUCGAGGUGGAACAGGAAUGGCUUCAUCGGGAAACUGU